GACGCACGCACACACAUAUUGACACCUGGCGCAGGAGUCGCUGCUUGCGGCACUUUCAACUAAAAACAGCAAGAAAAAACGCAACAACGGGGCGAGAGGAGAGCAGUAGUCGUAGCAAAAGGCCUCCCCCCGUCCGUCUCCCUCGCUCAGUAACAUUUAAAAGCAACAAAAACAGGGACAAGAGAGCAAACAUACAUGCCUACCUUAACCCAAUUAAAAUACCAUAUUAUUUAACAAAAGAAAUUGUGUUAUUUGCAAGCAACACACAUACAAAGCAAAGCAAAGCAAGAGCAAGCAAUCCAAUCAAGCGAGAAAGAGAGAGAGAGAGUAUAUGACUUUUUGAAAGUGUAAAAUUUAAAAACGGUUGCCUUUUUGCCAUACGGAAGUGAAAUUCUUACGGCAAAUACAAAGAGAGUCUGCAUUCGUUAAACAAAAAGAUUUUUGUGUAAGCUUAGCUUAAAAAAAAAUGAUCGAGAGCCUUUAUAGUUAGUGUUUGUGUGUGUGUGUGACAGAGCAAAAGAGAGCACUGUGCAUGUGUGUCACGUCUUAGCAACAACGUAAAUUUCAGUUACGAUUACAACAUACUAAAAUCAAGCAAUAUUUGCACAGAAUCAACAACAACAACAACAACAGCAGCAACUGAAUAACGGAAGCAGGAGAGAGGACUUUCCAGUGGCAGCUUCCAGGAUUGACAACACUUCCGCAACGAGUGCUUCCCGUACGUUCCCGUCCUUUUCCACGAGCACACCACCUUCCAAGCAAGCCCAGCAGCCGCCCCUUCCACGAUUUCCAAGCUGGCCCAACCAACCGAGAAAGAGCAACCUUCCAGCCUUCCAACCUUCCAACAUUAUCCAGAUUAUCCAUUUACCGGGAACGAUCGAGGGGCUAUCUAAAUUGCUAUCCAAUUGGCGGCUAGCUGCGCGCACGUUAUGACCAAUUCGAUUGCGUCAACGAAAUGCCUGCCCAAUGCACUAUCGACCGGCAAUUAUGGAAUGUCCCAGAGCCACCGUUACACCGAUGAUAGCAAGGAGUACAUCAUCGUCAAGCUCACCGAUUCAGCGUUCCGUGCGAUCGAGGAAUAUCAGCGCGAUGACAACGCCAAGCGCCUGCCGCCCAACCAGCGGGCCAAGAUCCAAUUUGUGGGCAACACGGGCGUCAUCCAGUUCCCGCGACCAGCGACGGAUGCUAAUGGCAUCCCUAAUGCUAAUGGCAAUGGCAGCGAGGCCUCGUCAGGAUCAGGAGGAGGAUCAGGAGGUCGCAAAUUUGGUUUCACCAUCAACAAUAUGGAGGGAACGCUCGAGUGCGUUCAGCAGCAGCAACAGAACCUCGGAGUCCUCGGAGCGGUCACCCUGCGAAUGCGGAUCCAUGCCAAUGACGAUGUCUACGAUACGACACGCACAAAAAUGGCCAUUGCCGAGGAGACGGAGAAGAGCAAGUGCAUCAGGGAGAUUAAACCGAAUCAGUCGGAUAUCGGGCGUAAGGUGAAGAAGCCGCCCUCGGCAGUCCAGUCCUCCGUAUCCGUAUCCGCCUCAGCCUUCUCCUCCUCCAACUCCUCUAACUCUAAUUCUGGUUUGACGACGACGACGGCAUUUCAUCAUCACAGCAGCAACAGCAACAGCAACAACAACAACAGUGGGAUCAACAACAACAACAGCAGCAAUAGUUUUAAUAGCAACAACCAUAGUCGUAAGUUAGGUUCAUCGCCAUUUAAUGGUUUAGGCGUAGGAUCCAGCAGCUCCUCCAACGCGUUCGCCUCGCGUUCGCCCAAUCCCAGCACCCUGGGCGCCAGCGGCACAGUCAAUGGUCGCUAUAAUGGCGGUGGUGGCGGUGGUGCAGCCUCCUCGCUAGCUUCCACAUUCGCCAACGGCAUCUCGCAGGGCUACAAUAACCUGAGCGGCAGCUCGCCAAGGGAAGCCAUGCCAGCUGGAGCAGCUGGAGCAUCAGCAUCAUCAGCCAUCUCCUCACGCAACAAGAUGCCAAGCGGAGGAUUAACCUCCUCCAACUCCUCCUCCUCCUCCAGGGGUGCCAAUAACAAGUCGUCGGGCGGCAACAAGAUGUCCGAUGUGUCCAGACGCAACAUACGCGAACGGCUCAUCCAUUUGCUGGCCCUGAAGGCCUUCAAGAAACCCGAACUGUUCGCCCGGCUAAAGAACGAGGGAAUACGGGAUCGGGAGCGCAACCAGAUCACCAACAUACUCAUGGACAUCAGCAUCAUGUCGCACAACACGUACAAUCUGCGUCGCCAGAUGUGGAACGAUGUGGACGAGAAUUGGCCCUUUUUCAGCGAGCAGGAAGUGCAGCAGUUGAAGCGUCGCAAGCCGCAGAAUCUGACGCCGCCGAUGAGCUCGGAUGCGGGUAGUUCGACGUCUGGACAGAGUCCCACAUCGACGCACACGGGCAGUCCGCCGCCGCCGAGCAAUGGCGGUGGUGGCGGUCCGGGAGGAAUCGGCGGAGUUGCAGGUUCAGCCGGUGGUGGUGGCCUAAAGCGGACCAGCCUCGAGUACGACGAGACCAUGUUCAGCACGGUUCAGCCGAAGAAGCAGCGCAUCAGUCACUACAAGAAGGACACUCCGCCCUCGGGCACCUCGUACUCCUCUGCUCCCGUGUCGAUUUCCUCCAGUCGGAAUCGUUAUACGCCGCCGCAAAGGCAGCCAGGUCCUUUGGAUGAUCACAGCACUAGUGACCUCAGCUACAAUGUGCUGGACAACAUGGAGGAGUUUAUGAGCUCGACGGCAGCGGCCACGCAGCAAUCGCUUGAGCAGCAGCAGCAGCAGCAACAACAUCAUCCGAGGAGCAGCAGUAGUAGCAGUAGGAGAGGCAGCUCCUCUUUGGCGGGCAGCAGCAAUGGAGGCGGCAACAAGGAUAAGCGCAACUCGACGGGCAGCAAUUCGAGCAGCUCCAGUGGCUACGAGACGCAACAGGAUCGCCAGCGGACAACGGCGGCAAUGUCGUCGUCGAACCGAAGCAGCAGCAGCAGCAGCAAAUCCGCCUCCUCUUCGACGACGCCGCCGAAAUUGGCUGCCAGUUUUGUGCCCGCUGCCGCCGCUUCUGCAACGGCCUCCAGCAAGCAACGUUUGCCGCCCCAGCAGAGCGACUAUAGUAGCUCCUCGUACAACAGCAAUAACACGCAACAUGCGGCCUCCAACAGCAAGAAGAGGACGAGUAGUAGUGGUGGUGCUGCCAGUGGCGGUGGAUCGAAUGGCCAGCGGCAGAGGAGUUCCAGCUAUCAGCAGGUGCCGCCACCGCGAACCGCUUCCCUCCAGCAGCAGCAGCAGAAUCAGCAGCAUCAGCAGCAGAAACGUCAACAACAGCAGCAGCAGCAGCAACAGGCGGCACAACAGCAGCAGCCGCACAAUAACUACCAUCAGCAGGCCAAGCAUCCCUCGCCCACGCAACAGCUAGCUGCCGCUGCCCAUGCCUAUGCCCAUGCCACCGCCGAUGCGGACUCAUCCUCCAUGCCCCGCUACGACUUCAGCCAAUACGUGCCCAUCCAGACGCUGGAGGUGCGGCGGCGCUACAAGACUGAAUUCGAGAGCGACUACGAUGAGUACCGCAAGCUGUUGACGCGCGUCGAGGAUGUACGCAAUCGUUUUCAGGAUCUAUCCGAGCGUCUGGAGAGCGCCAGGCGCUGUGACAAUGGAUAUGGGGACUACGAUCACAUCAAGCGGCAGAUUGUGUGCGAAUACGAGCGGAUUAAUAACGAUCGCACCAUUGGCGAGGACAAGCAGCGGUUUGAUUAUCUGCACGCCAAGCUGGCGCACAUUAAGCAGCUGGUGAUGGACUAUGACAAGACUUUAAUGAGUGCCACAACGGCGGCGGCUCCGGUGGUUGUUGCACCCGCAGAAGUGGCUGCAGCGCCUCCAGUUGCGGAGCAGCAGAGGAGGCAGCAUCACGCUGUUGAGACGAUAGAACAGAAGCAACAGAAGCAGCAGCAACAGCAGCAGCAGCAACAUCUACAGCAGCAACAUCUACAGCAGCAGCAGCAGCAACAUCAGCAGAAUGCGAGCGACUCGGAUUCGGAUUCGGACAGCUCGGACUCGAACGAUGAUGACGACGAGGACUGCGAUGAUUCCAACUCCAAUACCGAUGACGAUGAGGCACCCUACUGAUCCUGCUGGGACUACUUCGAUGACCAUCCGCUGAUAUCCCCCAAUGUAAAAAGGCAAAACAAGAAAGAAACUAUUAUAAAUACUACAAACUAUUAUAGUAAAAACGCAAAAAAAAAAACAAAACC